UUUUUAUUUGCAGGUAUCGCUAUUUUACUGUCCUGUAAUUUAUAUCUACAGGAUUCAACUUUGUUAGAAAUGUGGAAGAGACGCUUUCAUUUUAAUAACGAAAUACUUUUAUUAAUAAUUUCAAAGUACUUUUGGGACUACCCUAGGGUCACGGAUUACCACAUUUACAGUCACAUAUUUUGCAGACACCGGUGUACAAAUACAGAAAAGCACAGCUACGAUGACAAAGUAUCUGCCACUAACUGUUCUUCUUUUAUACAUUCUUGAACGUUCAUGUGGGUAUAUCGAUGAGAGAGAGUAUCAUAUCGAGAGAACUAAUCAUGGGUCAGAAGAAGAAAUAAAAAUUACAGACAGAAAUGGUCAUUCAGUGGCCAAUAUUGGCCUGUAUUUAGAAGAAGAAUAUCAAAAUAUUCUACCGGAUGAUCCAUACGUUUGUCUGAUUGCACGCCUCGAUAUGAGAAGUGAUAUUUCUGUGUGUUAUGAUAGAGUUCCCCUUCCGCCAGACAUCAAAGGUAUCGAGUCGAAAACUGAAAAAUGCGGAGACCGUCCUUUAUUUCUCCUGGCCAAACGUGAUUGUGCUUUUAUUGAAGAUACAGAAAAUGGAACUGAUAGGGAGAAACGGGAGACUCAUUUCAGAUGUUCUUAUUCCGAUCACCCAGUCACCGUGUGUGUUGAAGAGGAAUCGUACUGCAAGAAAACCGGCUGGCUCUUCCGUGCCGGGAAAUGUAAAAGUUGGGGAACAAAAUGCAAACGAUAUGAAGUAGUUUACAGAAAGACUUUAAACUGUCCUCCGUUCUAACAAUUAACUGACUUUCUUAGCAUAGUUCAUGGCCUUAAUUCAUCCCGACUUCACAAUCUGCUUAAACCGUUAUCACUUUUAGCUCACCUGAGCCAAAGGCUCAUGGUGACCUUUUGUGAUCGCUCAAUGUCAGUCGUCUGUCGUCCGUCAACAUUUUCCAAAAAAAAACAAAAAAAAAACAAUUUCUUCUUAAAAACCACUGGGCAGAAUUACACCAAACUUCACAGGAAUGAUCCUUGGGUGGUCCUCUUUCAAAAUUUUUCAAAGAAUUUAAUUCCUUGCAGAGUUCUGGUUGCCAUGUCAACCGAAAGGAAAAACUUUAAAAAUCUUCUUGUCCAAAACCGCAAGACGUAGAAUCUUGAUAUUUGGCAUGUGACAUCAUCUUAUGGUCCUCUAUGAAGAUUGUUCAAAUUAUGCCCCUGGGGGUUACAAGUUUUACAUAGACAUAUAGUAAAAAACUUUAAAAAUCUUAAAAUCUUCUUGUCUAAAACCACAAGACCUAGGCCUUUGAUAUUUUGUAUGUAGCAUUGCCUUGUGGUCCUCUACCAAAAUUGUUCAAAUUAUGCCCCUGGGGUGAAAAGAGGCCUCAAGUUAUAUAUAGACUUAAACAGGAAAAAAAACUUUAAAAAUCUUCUUGCCUGAAACUGCAAGGCCUAUGCUUUUGAUAUUAAGUAUGUCGCCUUUCCUAGUGUUUCUCUACCAAAAUUGUUCAAAUUAUGUCCCUAGGGUGUAAAGAAGCCCUGCCCUGGGGGUGCCAAGUUUAAAAUAGACUUAUAUAGGAGAAAAAAUAAAGAUCUUCUUGUCUGAAAGUUCAAGGCCUAGGCCUUUGAUAUUGUAGCAUUGCCUGUUGGAUCUCUAACAAGUUUGUUCAAAUUAAGCCCCUGCGGUGAAAAGGGAGGCCCCGCCCUUGGGCUCACUUGUCAUAAUUAUGAGUUAUAUAGGAAAAAUACUUCAAACAUUAUCAGAUCAUAUUUGCUAGACUGUUUAAUUAUAAUUACCUGAUGACCCAAAGCAAUUAGGGAUCACUUGACUAUGACCUUGACCUACUGACUUACUUUCUUGUUUUUUAAGAUACACCUUUGAAAUUUGGAUGUACAGUUUUGCACACUGAUCUUAAAACUGACUUUCAGUUACCAUUUAUGUGACCUACUGACCUACUUUCUUAAUAUUUUAGCAUCAGUUUGCCAUUUGAAACAUGUGGCUCAUAUUACUCAGGUGAGCGUCAUCAUGACCCUCUUGUUUUGUAUUCGUCUAACUGUGAAUUAUGAUAUUGUAUAAAAUGUGUUAUAACCAGUUCUACUGUAAGCUGUCGGUGAUUGCUUGAUGGACUAUAUUUAGGUUAUACAUUACACAUUGAAGUCAUUUAGCACCACCUUAAACGUCAUGUUCUGACGAAUAAAACCUUAAAAGGUAAAUAAUCACAUUUUGAUCAAGUAAUGGAAUCGCUAUAAAGUUUAAAAGUGACCAUUUACAGCUAUUUGUGUACACUGAGUGUUUAAUACAUGUUUGAUUUUCAUUGCAGGUAUUCUUAAAAUUUUAUUUUUCUAUCCUGGUUGACCAACCAAGAUUAUUUUAGCAUACUUUUAAAUCUAAUAAACAUACUCUGUCUAAGCAAUUAUAUGAAUAUAAAAUUUACUGAACUAAAUUUGAUAAAGAUUUUAAUUAAUAAAUAUUCAUUAGAAAUGCAAUUUUGUAAAAAUUUUAUUACCUCCCUUAACCUACUAGGGUGGGUUAGAAAUAAAUCCGGAAGCUACACACUGUUUAAAACUUGGUUCUUGGUUCAGACUGUUGAAAUAUCCCAAAAUCUAGAAAAUGCUAAUUUAAAACUAAAAAUCAUAUUUAUAUAAAAAAAAAAGAAUAGUCUGCAUUUUGAAUAUUUUCAUAUAAAAGGGGAGUAAUUACAAAAUUUCAUAAAAGUAAUAUAUCAUACAUUUUUAAUAGGUAUCUAAAUAUAUCUCGUAUUGUACAGUACAAUGUUAAAUAACCUUUUCAUUCUAUAUCUAUUUUAUCUUCGUUUAAAUUAAGAUUGUUUCACUGAAUAUUGUAUUCCUGCCUUUUCUGUACUUUCCCAGCUUGGUAUGAG